CUGAUAGACGGCACUGACUGGCAUCACUUCUGGGCACUGACUGGCGGCACUGACUGGCACAACCCCUGGGCACUGACUGGUGGCACUGACUGGCAGCACUGGUGGGUGGCACUGGUGGGUGGCACUGGUGGACAGCACUGGUGGGUGGGCACAGGUGGGCGCACUGCUGGGCACAGGUGGGCGGAACUUGUGUGUGGCACUGCUGGGCACCGAUCAUCAGGGCACUGAUGAUCAGUGACCCUGAUGAUCGGUGCCGAUCCCCGCUCUGACAACUGCCAGUUUUCGGCAGUACUUUCCUCAUGAUCUGACAGCGUGAGGAAAGUGCAGCCGAGAACCGGCAUUUGCAU